AUGUCAUUCACCAUGGAGGACAACUUGGAGUCCGGGUGGGUGUCCGUCCGACCCCGGCUCUUCGACGAAAGAGAGAGGCACAAAUUCGCUUUCAUCGUGGCCUGGAACGACGUCGAGGGGAAGUUCGCCAUAACCUGCCACAACAGAACCGUGCAGAGACGGGCCACUUUCCUGGACCCGCUCCUGGACUGCUGCCCCGGCGCCGAUGUGCCUCCUGCCCCCGGAGCCUCCGGGGCAGAACAACACGCUAGAAGUCCGGGCACCAAGCGGAGAGACGAGGCUAAAGUUAGACCCCACUCCGUCCCCAAAGGGAAGCCCACAACAAAGCCUGGUGCCGGGGACAAGAAGGCUUUGAAAGCCGGUGGCUCGCAGACAUUAGAGUGCAUCAGCCACACGUUAGGGUCCUGGGACAUCGUGACCCCCAAGGUGAUGGACAUCGAGAUCCUGGAGCCCGUGGAUGUCCCGCUGUCUCCGGACGACUCCGACCCGGGGGACCGGGACGCCAGCGGCCGCGAAGACUUCAGCUGGGCCGGGCUGUUCUCCUUCCAGGACCUGCGGGCAGCCCACCUCCUGCUGUGCUCCGUCAACUCGGACCUGGAGCCGUGUCUGCCGUGUUUCCCGGAGGAGCCCACCGGGGUUUGGACGGUGCUCUUCGGUUCCACCGGGGUGUCGCAGCGGGAGACGGAGGCCCUGUGCUACCAGCUGCAGGUGUACCUGGGCCAUGCCCUGGACACCUGCGGCUGGAAGAUCCUGUCGCAGGUGCUGUUCUCCGGGGAAGACGACACGGAGGAGUACUACGAGAGCCUGAGCGAGCUGAGGCAGAAGGGCUUCGAGGAUGCGCAGGACCGGGCCAAGAGACGCAUGCAGGAGGUGUUGGACAAGCACAAAGCCAUGGACAGCAUGGUGGAGCUGCUGCAGGUGUACCCUGAGGAGGACGAGGUGUAUGCAGAGCUGCUGGAGGCAACGACUCAGCUAUACCACUACCUGCUUCAGCCUUUCAGGGACAUGAGGGAGCUGGCAAUGCUGCGCAGACAGCAGAUAAAGAUCUCUCUGGAGACGGAGCGGCUGGGUCCUCGUCGGGUGGAAGGCCUGAGGAGGGAGGAUGAGGAGUGGCAGAGGAAGGCCCACGCGGCUGUGCUCUCCAUACAGGACCUGACCGUCAAGUUCUUCGAAACCACGACUCGAUCCCAGAAAGCUCUUUUUGAGCGGAUGCGUGCUGACCAGAAGAAGUUUGGCAAGUCGGCGUGGGCGGCAGCAGUUGAACGCAUGGAGCGUCUGCAGUACAACUUCUCCGGAGAAACUCUGCAGCUGAUGAGGGCCAAAGAAAUCUGCCUGGAGCAGAGGAAACACGGCCUGAAGGAGGAGAUGCAGGGUCUGCAAGGUGGAGAGGACGCCAUGCUGCGUCUGGACCAGCUGGAGGCGCUGUACUACGAGUUGCAGAUGCAGCUGUAUGACAUCCAGGCGGAGGUGCUGCGCUGUGAAGAGCUGCUGCUCAACUCUCAGCUGCAGAGUCUGCGCAGGCAGAUGACAGAGCGUCAGGAUGAGGUUGUGUACUACGAUGCCUUCGAGAGCCCGGACGCCAUGAAGGGAGAGGAAGACCCCGCGUCGCCGCCCUCCCCCCUCAGGGACGAAGACCUGAGCGUCCUGCAGCAGAGGACGCGGCAGCUGGAGGCUCGCCGGGGUCGCAUCACCACCAAGAAAGUCUACCUCAAAAACAAGAAGGAAAUCUGUAUAGUCAAUCACAACCAGAAGAUAGAGCAGAGAGGCCAAGGCGACCCAGCUGACAGCAGUUCUCCUCAGCCACUGAAACAGGGAGGAGAGCAUGAAGCAGACGAUGAGGCCAGACAGAACGCCCGGGUGAGUCAGGACAGGCAGAGGACGCUGGACCGGCUGCGAAGCCUCAAUCAGCGGUACCCGGGCCAGGUGACUCUGAAGUCCAGCCGGCUGCGUCUGAGUCAGGCUCACAGCCGGAGGAGGGGGGGGCAGCAGCCCAACACGCAGGCAGCCGGCGUCCAGACCGACUGCGUCUCCGACCUCCCCCAGCUCCACGCUCCCCCCCCGCCCGACGCCUGCGGCUGCGACACCAUGUCUCUACCGACGGUCGACCUCAGUGGCCUGGCCUCUUCGCCUCCCUUCCUCUCGCUGCCUCCCCCACCUCCUCCUCCGCCUCCUCCUCCACCGCCUCCUCCCUCGGAGCAGCAGCAGGGCGAGGACGGGCACUGGAACCCAGCAGCACUCAGUCCGGUGCUGCGACACGAGUCCGAACCCUCCUCACUGCCUCUGGCUCCGUUUUCCCCUCGAUUCUUCGACAGCAGCCAGCUGCUGAACGCCAGGACCAAGCUGAAGAAGACGGCUUCACUCGACUCCUCACAGUGGAGGAGAGCGAGCUCCCCCAUGGACGAAGUGCUGGCUUCUCUGAAACGCGGCAGCUUCCACCUGAGGAAGGCCGAGCUGCGAGUCCUGGCCCCAGACCCGGACGACGACAGCGAGAACAUCCUGGCCCAGAUCCGGCAGGGCGUCCGGCUGAAGAAGGUCCGCACCCGGCCGGAGCAGCAGCAGCGUCAGGCCCGGAGCUUCCUCCACUCGGCCGACGCUCUGACCCGCAGCAUCCACGAGGCUCUGAGGAGAAUCAAGGAGGCGUCGCCCGAGUCCGAGUCCGAGGACGAAGGCCUCCCGUGCACUGACUGGGAAAACUAGUUCCUCAGAAGGAUCUGUUUCUUUUUUUUUUACUUCUCUCUUUCAUGGAUGUGUGGAGCCAAAAUGAAGAGUUACUGUACAAUGGCUGAAGCUAAGCGGACACCUCAGAGUUCCAGCACCUGGUGAUACCUCGGUGCAAUUUUGAACAAGAAAACCCUUGAUUCACUUUUUUUAAAAUAUCAGACAAGCGGCUCAAUUAGUUUCAUACUUGUGCGUGUGGUUUGUAGAAGACGGACCACUAAGGUUGUUGUUGUUUUUUAUGUCGCUGCUGUGGCGUUCUCGGCGAGGACACGACCUCUGACCUCCCGGGGAAUCCAUCCACACGUUGGAGUCGUACUGUACUGUAGCUUGCUGUGAUGGGUUUGUUUGAAGAAGUGAGUAUUUUGUCUUUUCUCUUUUCACCUCUCUCUCUCACUGUCAAAGCACUCGGACUCUCCACCAAUACCUUUUCUGUAUGAUUUUUACAUUACAAACAUACAUAGGAGAUGUCAAGUGCAUAAGAAUGCCCAAACAUGUACAUGGAUGCAGGACAAGAGAAUUCACACUUACUGAAAGAAGUACUUUGACAUUUUGGAAGAUAAGGACGCUGCUGCUGCUGCAUGUUUCACUUUUCAGACAUGAACUCCGGAGAAUCUUCUCCAGAGUUUCUCUUUCACACAUGAACAACACAGCAGGAGACUCGUUUCAUGUGUGGAAGCAGCUUUUCACAACUCACACUUGUUCUAAUGGUCUCAGAGAGAAUAAGUGAGUUUCCCAAAACGUUGAACUAUUCCGUUAUUUAGUCUGAUAUGAGAAGUGGAGCCACACGACUAAAAGUUGCACAUUUUGGUUUAUGGGUCCUUUUCAUCAUGCUGGUGUUACAAUACCAGAACCAGCAUUGCACUGGUGUAUUUGGAGAAUUAGCCAUAGUUCUUAAAGCAUUUUCACUUAUACAAGGUCAAAAUAUGAUACAACACGAGAAAGGUGUUUGUGUCAAAGAUGCAGCUUAUGGUGAAAGUUAAAUUCAGAGCAUCACUUCUUUCUCUGGGUUAGAGCUCAGCACAGGAUUGUAAGAUGCAGUGGGACCUCUAGUUUACAAGUAUAUCAUUUUAUCAACUAUCCACAGCAAGUGAACUUCCACAUAUUAUUAAACUAUCCUGGAAAAAUAGAGACACCAGCAGAGCUUGAGCCCGAGAAUUGUCACAUUUGUACGUUUUUUUCAGUAUCAGAAUAAUCCACUGGUAGUCCCAUGGCUACAUUGCACAUUGGAACUUCUAAUAGGUCAUUUAUUAUAUUUUAAAAGGCUUUUAAAUCUGACAAAAUCUCAACAAGCAUAGGCCCAAAAAACAACCAACAAAAAAGCAGGGCUCAAGUUGACUGAAUCCAGGACAUUAUAUAGACUUUAUACUAUAGCAAAUACAUAAUUGAGCUGAUGGAACCGUAGAAAUAAAGUGAGAUCCUUCAUAUUAGGUAAUGAUCCUAAUAACCAGCUUACCUCCCACACUGGAUCACACUGAAGCUCAGCACUAUAUAAAUACAGACCACUUACAGCUCACAAGAGUAUAUAUAUAUUAUCAGAGACAUUUAAAUUCAUCUUUUCUGAAGCAGCAUUGGAUAUUAGCUUGUUUAACUGAUCGUUUUUCAUCCCAAACCACUUUUAAAGUUGCCCAAACACAGUAUUUUGACACAAAAUGAACAAAUAGGUAUCCAGUUAUAUUUAAUAUGUGGCCAGUAUUCCCUCUGAUGAAUAACAAGUUCCACAGUGGUCACCCUAUGUUAAGUUACUCUUCAACACAUGACCAAAAGGAAACCAUCCCAGUAAGCAGUCAUAGUAAACUCUGGUGGAAACUGAUCAUGAAAACAAGUUUUGUGAACAUUAAAUCAUUAUUAGAAUCGCUCGACAGAAGAUCAGCCGUUAUUUCCAUAUUUAAUACAAAGACUCUGAAUAUUCUCUGGUUUCAGCUUCUCAAACGUAACCAUUCCCGUUGAUUUUACUGUUUUAUACUGCAAGUUGAAAAUAUUUAAGUUUCUGACUAAUGGGCAGACACAAGGAGACAUUUAUAGAUGUCCCCUUGGGCUUAAGGAAAUUGUUACAGGCAUUUUUUUUACUAUUUUAUACACAAAAUCAAUUAGUUGAAAACAGCAAUUAUGAGGUUUUGAAAAGAUCUUCAGGAAGUGGGGAAAAUGUUUAAAAUGUUUUGAAAGCAACGUCCAGCCCUUUUUUUAAAAAAAAAAAUUAAAAAAAGAAGCUUUAAUGCACAUGUACAUAACAGACUCCAGAUGUGGAGCAGCAUUACAAACAAACAUGAAGUGCACCGGAGCGUAGUUCAUCGCCCUCUGCUGGAACAGACGCAGCUUCCUGCUCGCCACACCCAACGCUAUCGGGAUCAUACGUGUUGUUUACCUUUUUAUUUUGUUUGUGGUUUUUACUCUGAUUUUAUUUACCCCGGAUUCUCUCUCCGUUUCCACUGCCUUGUUGUGUUUUUUUUGGUCAUGGAGUUGUUUCAGUUUUGCGUGUGUGUGAUUGUUUUUUUGUUUAUUAUGUAUGAUCUGUGUCAAACCUGUCUCCAGCUGAAAAACACAUGUUCCUGUAGUUAACACGUCAGUAGGCACUGAGCGGCAUGGCUUCAUUUAAAGAAACCGUUUGACAUUUAGGGAAAUAAAGACAUGAAUUCUCUCUCUUGUUCAACAGUUAAAUGAGAAGUAUAAACAAAUCCAAAGAUCCUCUGAAACUCACAAAUCAACAUCCUGUUGUUGGACUACGUCAAACCACAUUAAGGAGUUCAGCUAGAGAAACAAUGCAAGUAAAAAUAUUAGUUAGCUUUUAUUAAAUUUAAACGAUGAUGUAAGUUGUGGCCCUGUAGUGUAUUUACAUUUAAACACAUUUACAAUCUGCCACAGCCAUUCACCAAAUAUUCACAGAGAAACAGGGACAAAAUCUGACAGGUGUGAUGAUGAAAGCUGUAAUUCUCCUCACCUUGUGUUAUUUGUCAGGUCUUUUUAUAUGUCGUUAUGGAAACCCAUUUCUACAACGGCGUAUUAGAGCUGUAAAAAACUAUUUAUUACCAAAUAUUACAGAGCUGAGGUUAGGGCAUCUUGUAAAUUAAUGACUUUAAUGUCGUCAAUUCAGUUUUUGCUGCUUUAGAAUAGAGCCUGGCUAACAGUUUCUAUCUGUUUCCAGUCUUUAUGCUAAGCUAACUGCCUGCUGACUGAAGUGGUUAUCGAUCCUCUCAUCUAACUCAUGAAAGCUAAACGAGUGCGUUUCUCAUGCUGAACUUUGUGAAACACACAGAGUCACUGUUGCCAAGUGUAAAACAUAAUUCCUACUCAGUGUGAGUGUAGUUCCUCUUCUACCCAAACACACACACACACACACACACCUUUACUGAUAUUAAACAGUAGAUUACCUGUUUGACCUUCACCUCCUCACACUGCUCUGUUUGCUUUUUAUUUUUUCCGCUUUUUGUAGAAUCCACUUUGUGACUCGUAGUUUUCCCUCCAUCUUUUAUUUGUACCUUUAUGACCUUAUGCAUGUGGCCGGUUCGAGGACGAAACCCAUCACAACAUAAGUGCAAUAAUGAAGAUAAAAGUCAUUCUAUGGAUUUUACUGUAAUGAAAUGUAAAUCAUGUCAAAAAAACCUAUAUCCGCAUGCCUAAAUGUAUUGAAGUAUUUAUUGAAGCUUCAUAUUUUAAAGACAUUUUUAAAGCAUACAAAUGUAAAUGUACUUUAUAAGCUUUUCUUUUUGUCGCUUUUUUGGUUUCCUAUCAUGACAUUCCUCUCUGCUUUCUAUAUCCUAGUUAUUAUAUAUAUAUUUUUUGUCCUUUUAAAAAUAAAAAUAAAAUAAACACCAAA